AUGGGCAAGGAUAAGCGGCCCCGCGGCCAGCAGAGGCAGGGGGGGCUGCAGUCCGGGGACGCCGCCGAGCCCGACGACAUGGGGCCGAAGAAGGGCAAAGGGUCCCCCAAGGAGUGCGGGGAGGAGGAGGCCCGGACGUGCUGCGGCUGCCGGUUCCCGCUGCUGCUCGCCCUGCUGCAGCUGGCCCUGGGCAUCAGCAUUACCGUGGUGGGCUUCCUUAUGGCGAGCGUCAGCUCCUCCUUGCUAGUCAGAGACACUCCAUUUUGGGCUGGGAUCAUUGUCUGCUUAGUGGCCUAUCUUGGCUUGUUUAUGCUUUGUGUCUCAUAUCAAGUUGAUGAACGGACAUGUAUCCAGUUUGCUAUGAAACUGUUCUACUUUCUGCUGAGUGCCCUCGCCUUGAUUGUCUGUGUGCUGGCUGUGGCGUUUGCUGCCUACCACUAUUCGCAGCUCACACAGUUUACCUGCGAAACCUCCCUCAACUCCUGCCAGUGCAAACUGCCCUCCUCCGAGCCGCUCAGCAGGACCUUUGUUUACCGGGAUGUAACUGACUGUACCAGCGUCACUGGCACUUUCAAACUGUUCUUACUCAUCCAGAUGAUUCUUAACUUGGUCUGUGGCCUUGUGUGCUUGUUGGCCUGCUUUGUGAUGUGGAAACAUAGGUACCAGGUCUUUUAUGUGGGUGUUAGGAUGUGCUCCCUAACAACUUCCGAAGGCCAGCAGCAAAAGGCCUAACAUUCUUGCUCAAAGGUGCGAGAGAAAAUAGCACACUGACUGGCCACGGUUUAAAAAAAAAAAAGAAAAACAAAAACCAUUUUUGACAAUGAAUAAUAUUCACUGGUUCUAAAUGAAUAUUUUUAUAUUUUUUUCAGAAAAAAAAGAGCAAUUUCUUCAGGUUUCUAUAGCAUUUUUAAAAAUUCUAAUGAGGUAAGCAAGAUCCAAAUAGACUCUAGGAUAUUAAAAGAACACUGAACAGGGAAAAAGUGGCAUAGAUCUAUCUUUAUAGUCUGAAGUUGAUUCUAAUACUUAUUUUAUCCCAUAGUUAUAUAUAAUCUUCUUCCCUGUAGGUCCAGUUUGAUGGUGUGAAUUGGCUUUUCAGGCCCACUUGUUACGUUUUGGAGUCGCCCUCCAUUACCCUCACUGUGUCUUGGAGGAGUGUUAGGGAGAGGGAAGGAGCGGAAAGACUGGGUUGGAUCUCUUUAUUUUCCCUGGUAGUGAUGUUCUCAAGGCCUGAAAUAGCUUAAAGGAGCAGAGUAGAAAAGGAAGAGCCUUUGCGAAAAGCCGAAUAAUUAUAAACAAACACCUGGGCUGGGGUAUAAACACCUGGGCUGGGGUGGCGGCCUUUGCUGUUCAGCUCUCUCCGUUUGGCGCUCUAAGUAGAUCACUUAUUAAAUGCUUGGAUGAUUGUCAGCUUCUCAAGAAUUAAAAGGUGGUAGUGGUUGUAUUCUUAAUGAUGUAGAAGGUUUCAAAAUAAUUACAUUAUGCUUCUAUUCUAUUGUAUAAAACAAAUGAUUAAAACUAAUUUCUAGCUAAUUGUUAAUUACAGUUACGCUCAGAAGUCUAUUUAAUGAGCCCUGAAUGUACUUAGGCAGCACAGCCCAUGUUAGGAGAAAUUACUCUCGUAAGAGUGGAGGCCUAAAGAUUCUUUCUUCUGAAUGCCAAGCUUUACAAGAAGAAAAAAACAAAAAACUCAGGUUGAAACAUUUAUUUAAACAAAAACAAAAGCAUUUGUAAUGGGAAACAUUUACAAAACAGCACAUUUGUAUUACGUUGAAAAGUAUUUCUCUUGGCAGCUAAGUAUUUUUGAGAAAGACGGAGUGAUGCUGACACGUCCUAGUCACAAAACUGUAUUUAAUACAUUAUUACAUUAUUGAUAUGUAUGCACAGCCUAGAGACUAGCAACAAUGUUAUGAAGUCCAUAUUUGAGUAAUAUGUUCAUUAACUUGGAGGGUAGUGUUUAGUUUAAGUGACUGACGUAACAAAGUACAAGUACCCUGUAGUGGGAGACUUGCCUCUUUUGUUAUUUUUAUUAUAAAAUUCUGAACAAUAUCAUUCUUUUAAGGAAUGGGUCCCAAAUGGAAAUUCAUGUAGCAUAAAUGUUCUCAAGAACUUUCUCUAUUAGCAUGCUCUGCUAAAACCAGAAAUUCAAGAUAAUAACUGACCUAAAUUUGCCUCUUCACAUUGCCUAUUGAUAUACCUUAUUAAUCAUGAAAUUCUACCCUAAAAGAAAAACAUUUCUUGUUUGCCUCAGAACACAAAUGAAUUAUUUCAUGGAUUGUGAUGAUAGUGGUGUCAAUUUCUAUACAAUAUAAAUAUCCAAACAGAAAGGGAAAUGGUAAGUCAGCUGGAGGGCUGUGAAUAUGUAUGUCCUCCAGAUAAAACACCUGAUUAACAGAUGUUGGAACAUUUUUAUGUUUUGACUUGCUUUAAAAAUGGCCUAUGCACAUGUUAGUCCCGGCCAAGAAGGCCGCUGGAGUGUAGUGGGUGAGAGUCUGGAACAUAAGAUUUGAUCACACGGAGAAAUGACACCUGUGGAACGUCAGGGGUCCUGGUGAUGAUCUGAAGCAUACUUUGUGCUUUGUUAAAAAAUCCAAGUAACUGUGAAUCCAUUUUGAUUUUUGACAGAGUUUCCUACGUAAGGAAGAAAAGGAGAAUCUGAAAUGCUGUAGACUCUUCUUCAAAGAGUGGAAAACUAGUGCUUUAAUGCUUCUUACCAUGAAUCAGGCACCACUGAAAGCACACCCCGACUAUCCUUAACAACUUGUGAUAGCAGACACUAUGGGUUUUUGUAUUAGACAUUUAAAACUCUAAACGGCAUUAAGGUGCUCUGUGUUUUACUGGGUAUUUCGAUGGUAGAAUAACUUUAGCUUAUGUGCUUACUUUUUCUAAAUAAUAUAACCAACAAGAGCUGACAUGGUAGCAAGUUUGUUUAUAGUCAGAAUAUAUGUAUAUAUAUUCAGAUUUAAAUUGGGGAUUUUGCUAUUGUGUGAUCAAAUCAUUCUUAAAUCCCUAAAGAGGAAAAAAAAAUCAUAAAUAAAUGGAAGAGAAAAAAAAAACAGAACAAAAAGAUUCCUGUGCUGGGAACUCACCAUAUAUUGAUGUAUAUAAGAACUGUGUUGCAUGAAUAACAAACUGUUUUGGGCUGGAUUUGAAGUAUUUUGGUGUUGUGUUUUGCAAAUAUUGAAGCUACAAUAACGGCAACAGAAAAGGAACAGAUACACAGCUUUACACUUAGCAAAAUAUUACAUUUAAAAUCUGACAAGGAGCCAAGAUGGUGAUUGUCUCUUCUAAACCAUAAAACAGUAAGAUUUGCGCAAUCCUCCUCCUCUUCCACCUCCUUGAGGAGAAUUAAAUGAAUCAAGACUUUGGAAAGAGGGGGAACAGUCGGGACUUGGCAGUACUUGAAAUAGGAGGAAUACAGCAGCCUAAAUGUACAGACUUUGUAACUGAGCCCACUGGAUCGGUCUGUGCCUUCACGUGACCACCAUCUGUGCCUCCCUCGCGCCAUCCAAAUUUGUGUAGGCAGCUUCUUGGAGCCGUGCCUAAAAAAUAUAGCUACACCAGGGCCUUAGAAACUGUAGUUAAGUAACAGGCCUAACAUUUUUUUUUUCCUCUUUGGAUUAAAGUCUAUAUGUCUCUUCUGAGGGGUUUCCAGCUGCACCCGUCAGCUUGUUGUUCUGGAGAGAGAGCUCGUUGUAUAUAUGUUUUCUAUUCACGUUCAGGACAUCAGAAUCUUUUAAUAUCCUUGUAUCUCCCUCAUGCAUGUAGUAUGACUUGACAAUUUUUAUAGUUUUUUUAGUAAAGGGUAGAGUAGAGGGUACUCAAGGGAGAUCCUGAGGGACAAUGGUGAGUGGUUAUUUAAAAGCAAUUACAAAGGAACUUAAAAGAUGCCCUGAAAAACCAAUUAUUUCCUAUAAUGAACCAUACUUUUACAUUUUCUAGUGGACUCUGAACUUUUGCUAUGUAGACAUAAAUUUCUGUAAAUCUUGCUGGCAAUUCAUUUUUCUGCACUCAAAGAACUCUAUCAUGUUUUCAGAUGUAUACUCUAUAUUCAGGAUAGCAUGAGGAAGAAUUGAUGGCCAACUAUAUUGACUCACAGUGGAAACAUUCAUUUGGAUGAAGGCUUAGUGGUUCAGCCUGUGAAAUGAAUACCUUGAUUCUUUUUUUUCUGAUUUUCUAGUACUUUAUUAUCUCAAAUGAUUAUCCCCUUCAGAAAUACUGGUCUGUACUUUGGUGUUGCGGUUUCAUUCGUCUGGCAUUGAUGGAAUUGUGAAUAGAAAACAACGUGUUUCCAACAUGUUCGAGGUGGUUGUUUUUAAAGGGGAUGUGUAUAAUGCAGAAUUUCUUUGUUAAUAAAACUUUCAUAAUCUCCACAGACACCGUAUUUGGGCUUUAAAAUGACUGUAUGUUGUACAUGAACUGGUGAACAUAAAAUCUCUCAGCUGAGUGUCUACUUGAAAGGUCUGGAUUUGGAGUAGACAAGAACUAAUAUUCAUUUUGGCUUCUUUAUUCCAGUGACUGCUUCUGGUUUGGUACACUGCACAUAUGCUAGAAGUCAGAGUUGCAAAUUUCCCCAGGCAAAUAGAGUUUGAGCUGGAAAAAUAUUGCCAAAGGUAUCUGGAAUGCUGGUGCAUUUACAUAUAUAUAUAUAUAUAUAAACAAAACAAAAAACUCGUUUCUGACUAGUCAAUUCUGGCUCAUAGCGAUUCUAUAGGACAGAGUAGAACUGUUUCAUGGGGUUUCCAAGAAGCAGCUGGUGGAUUUGAACUGCUGACCUUUUGGUUAAGAGCUGAGCUCUUAACCACUGUGCCACCAGGGCGGUUUCUCUCUCUCUCUCUAUCUAUCUAUAUAUGCCUAAAGACUAAGAUACAUGUUGCAUGCCCACAUAUUCAAUCAUAUUCUACAUUUAAUUAUACAGAAAAACAGAAGCAUAACACGAAGGGUUGCCACGAGUCAGAAUCAACUCAGUGGCAAAGAGUUUGGUUUCGAUUUAUUCCAUUUCAAAUCUAUGAAUUCAAGCAACUCUCAAGCAAUUUAAAUAUUAGUUGAUUAUACUGUAAG